AUGCAAGCUAUACGUACCACUGAAGCCAGAGAAAAUAAAAUACAGCAAUAUUUCCUUCUCAAUAGAUUCAACAAGACGCCAGUGAGAGGAGUUCCUAUGACAGCUGCGAUGCUUAAUAAACUUCCAAGAAGUGAUAUAUCCAUUUCGGUCAUGGGUCUGUCCAGAGUGGUGUUGACAGAAGAGAACAAGCUUAUUGUGGACGAGGGCCAGGCGAGUAUGAGGCCGAGGUUCAAACAGAGGCAGCCCACUGGAAAAUUUCAAUUGAUUACUCAAUUUAUUUAA